AUGAGCUGGCAAAAUUAUGUCGACACUUCCCUUGUAGGGACUGGUCACGUCGACAAAGCCGCUAUAAUUUCAGGCACAGGUGACAGUACGUGGGCAUCGAGCCCCGGUUUCAGCCUUACAACGGAUGAGUUUGGGAGCUUUAUCGCAGGUUUCAGUGAUGCGAGUUCUCUUCAUUCGAAUGGCGUUUUUAUCGAUGGACAGAAGUAUCAGGUGGUCACAGCAAACGCAAACACGAUUUAUGGCAAAAAUGGAACGGAGGGCGUGUAUGCCUACAAAACGAAGCAGGCUGUUGUCGUGGCGCAUAGUCCCGACGGAGUGGUACAUAAGACGGCUGCCGAUACGGUGCAAGCCCUAGGCGAGUACUUAACCGGGUUGGGAUACUGA